UUCCUUCCCAGCCUGGAAUCACCCGGAAUCUCCUUCCCUUUCUCUCUCCCUGAACACCUGAAGAGCUGUGUCCGGGAGAGUUGUCAUCCAGCCCCCUUACCAGAUAGGAAAGUGGAUGCCCUGAGUCACUUUGUAACUUGAUCAGGGAUAUAUUCGUUUGGAAUUUGAACGGCAUUGUUACCUCACCACGAGGUAGGUCAGAAGCCAGGGAAGAGGGGAGGAUGAUUGCUGGCAAAUUUCCACUUCAUGCUGGCAUGUUCCUGGGCAUGCCAUUUCCACUGGGGUUGUCUCUGACUUCAGCCUGUGUCCCUGCACACAUCAACCCCCAGGGCUGCCAGGAUGGGCAAUUGAGGCAGCCCAGCUGAGCUCAGGGACUUGUGCAACCCAGCCCACUACAAGGAAGGAAAGGGUUGGGCAGCUCAGCCAAGCUAAUGGACCUGCCCAGGCCACCCCUUGACCUGGGUGGAGAGGGUUGGGGGUUGGAGAUCAGGCAUUGGGAGAGGGGCCCUGCCCUCUGAACUUGAAGAUUUCUGAUUCUGUCUUCAGCAGCUCAUGGUUGUCUUGGAGCUGGGACCUUGGGCAGUUGCUUUGAUGAUGGAGGUGGCACCUUCCCCAAUGGGGCUUUUGUGAAGAGUUGGCAUGAUAAUGCUUGCAAUGUGCUUACUGUUGUGCCUGGUGAGCUGUAAGCUCUUAGUUAAUGGCACCCCUGGUUUAUUUUCCUUAUUACUAUUCUUUUCAUGGAGGAGGGCUUUCCAGAAAGCAUAGAACUGGACAAGCCUGAGGGGUGGCCCCUCUGGAAGGAAAGGACACUUGGAUUGUACUUGGAGAAAAACUCAGAUCCUCAUUUUGGCCUGUGGACCUGCAAGACUGGCUCCUACAGCACCUUUAACCUUACCUGUUACUCCUCCUGCCUCCAUAGUCAGGUCUUUGAGCUGUUCCCUCAGCCCAGAACUUUUUUCCCUCAGGCCUUUGCAUGGCUAAGAUCCUUCACAUUCAGGUUGGUGCAAGGUCACUUCCUCACCAGGCCUUUCCUGACUGCCAUCCUCACCCUAGCCUUGCUCAGCACAUCAGCCCUUUUCUUUGUGGCAUUCACAAUCAGAAAUCACCUUGUUGAUUUAUUGAUACUUUCUAGUCUGGCUGUCGCACGAGGCUGUCUGAUACUGAAGGGUCUGGUCCCCAGCUCCUGGCUGUAACCUGGUCCCAGUCCUGCCUAGUAGAACUGUGCCAGGCACAUAGUAGGGCUUUAGUAAAUAUUUAGAAGGUGAAGUCAGGUAGGCAUGAAGACAGUGUGGGCCGGGUUGGGACUGGAGGGAAUGAGGGUCAGGUGAUAAAUCAGCCCUGCCCUAAUCUGGGGAAGCCAAGGGAUAGUCCAAAGGGCCAACACCCUGACUCUCUCUGUGACCUUGGCCAGGUAACUCUCUCUCUGAUAAGCAGCUUCCGCAACUGUAACUCUUAAUGGAAGGAUGGACCUGAGUGCCCCUCCCAGGUCCUACUGUACAGGGUUCCCAGGUUGGGACCCCAGACAGCUCUUCGAAUCCCAAAGGCUGUGUCCAAGUGGAGGAGACUGGCUCCAUCAGGACGUGGCUCCAUGUCAGCUGAGUGGCCGAAGAUGGUGGACUACCUGGCAAACACGGAGAUCAACAGCCAGCGCAUCGCGGCUGUCGAGAGCUGCUUCGGGGCAUCAGGGCAGCCACUGGCCCUGCCGGGCCGAGUACUGCUGGGUGAAGGCGUGCUGACCAAGGAGUGCCGCAAGAAGGCCAAACCGCGCAUCUUCUUCCUCUUCAACGACAUCCUGGUGUAUGGCAGCAUCGUGCUGAACAAGCGCAAGUACCGUAGCCAGCACAUCAUUCCUCUGGAGGAGGUGACCCUGGAGACGCUGCCGGAGACUCUGCAGGCCAAGAACCGCUGGAUGAUCAAGACGGCCAAGAAGUCCUUCGUGGUGUCCGCUGCCUCCGCCACGGAGCGCCAGGAGUGGAUCAGCCACAUCGAGGAGUGCGUGCGGCGGCAGCUGCUGGCCACGGGCCUGCAGCCCAGCACGGAGCACGCGGCGCCCUGGAUCCCCGACAAGGCCACGGACAUCUGCAUGCGCUGCACGCAGACGCGCUUCUCGGCGCUCACUCGGCGGCACCACUGCCGCAAAUGCGGCUUCGUGGUCUGUGCCGAGUGCUCCCGCGAGCGCUUCCUCCUGCCGCGCCUCUCGCCCAAGCCCCUGCGCGUCUGCAGCCUCUGCUUCCGCGAGCUGGCCGCCCAGAAGCGGAAGGAGGACGUGGAGGAGCAGGGCCUCGGGUCCCCCGGGCCGUCGGCCUACCUGGCGGGGGCCGUCUGCGGGGCGUCCAGUGGAGACGACGAUGACUCAGACGAGGACAGGGAGGGCAGUGGGGAUGCAGACUGGCCCAGCCGUGUGGAGUUCUACGCCUCGGGUGUGUCCUGGUCAUCCUUCCACAGCUGACCCCAGGUCUGCAGACGUGAGGGAGGGCUUCCCUGGUCACUUCGGUCCAAGCAGAUGCCUCUGCCCGGACCCCUGGGAGGGCAGAGUUCCCCAAACUGCCCAGCCCCCCGCAGGGCCCUCCCUACCCCACAGGACCCUACCCCAUGGGUAGUGGGCACAAUGGAAGUGGCUCCUUUUCUCCGAACCCCCAGUGCCUCUUCUUGGAUAUUGGCAUCCUUCUAGUUCCACUUAAGGUAAUUACCUUUCCAUUUAGCAAGCCCCAGAUACCUAGGCCUCUUGGGAACAAAUGUCCUUUCUCAGCCCUUUGAGCUGUAGCUCCAGAAUUAGACAAUCCCAGGCACCUUUAGGGACAAGAGAGAAGGUAGGACUGGAGUGAGGUCCCCUCUUUUCUGAGGCCUUCAGCCACCACACCUGGCCCUGCCCCCUUGCAGAAAAGACUGUGGGUCCAGAGAGGCUUCCAGGAAAGCAGCACCCACCCACCCACCUUGCUGAUGCCUACCUGUCUGGCUGGCUGGGCCUCCUCAGGCCAGACAUGUGAGCUCACCCAGAGCAAGGCAGGAGACUGCCAUGCUGUGGGUGCCUGCCAGCCUCAGGGACUGCAGUCUGAGCUCCCCGUGGUCCAGGGCGGCCUGCCAAGCCCUCUGGUCCAGUCUGAGCUCCGUCUAGGUGUCUGAUGCCCCUCAGUCCUGUCUUCAUCCCUCCCUCUGCUGGGGAAAGCAGUGUUUUCUGUUAGGACUCUUAUUGCAAGUGACAGAAACCCUGUCCAGACUGACUUAAUAAUAAAAAGGUUUAUUCACUCA